UUUGGCUAUCGCUUAUUCAUUUAUUUAGAGUCACUGGUUCUUAUAAAUUACUGAAAUAAAAUGGCAUAUUGAAUUAAUAGAAUUAAAAAUAAACAUGGUCAAUAAAAACCCAUACCUCGACUCACUUGAAGCUGUAACAGAUGAGCUUAAGCUUCUGUCUGAAAACUCUGAGUCACCCAUUGUUUCUCUCAAGUUUCAAAAGUUUUUGUAUGAAAGCAUCAACUUUUUGAACACACAAGGUGGUAGCAACUGUACAACAAAUAAAGAACUACUUGAAUGGUACGAGGUGCUGGAACAGGUUUUGCGUACACUGAUACUGAGACAAAAUGAUCUGGACCCAAAACGUCUCAGUCUUCAGAUGAUUAUAACUUACCUCAGCCACUACACUUUUCAUUUGCUCAAAGUAGAAGAGGUUCCACUAGGAUGGUAUAAAUCUCUGGCCAUAGUUGUGCUUGAGUAUUUGGCUGAUUUCAUCCAAAGUUCAGGGUCACAGCCUAGUUUUGUUGCCAGUGUCGCCACCAACUUUUUUGGGUGCUUCUGCAAAGCUGGACAGAAAUUUGAGAAAGAGAUAAAGUCCAAGACAGGUCUAAAUGUGGUCCCAGCAUAUGAGCUGUAUCUUCUUGCCUCUGCCAUUCAAAGUCUAGACUCAACAAAUAAGACGCGGGAUGGACUGAAGGUGGCUAAAGAAUUUUUAAUUAGUUAUACACAGCUGGUUAAAGGAUCUGACCAGGUGCUAGAUGCUGGGGCGGCUCUGUCAGAUUUGUUUGAGGCUGCUGUGAAAGUUUACACAUUACAGAGCAGAGAUGUUGCUGAUGAUAGCAGCUUGUCUUUUUUUGUUGAGUUAUUCAGACUGGUACAGAGGGAUGCUGGGAUGUGUGAGAGGCUGCUUGCCUGUGAUGGUAACUUGUACAAGCUGGAGCCAGCUGACUGCAGCCACGACUUCCCUGUUUUAGCAUCAUGUCGUCUGAUCAACAAAAACAAGUUGGCUAUCAGCAGUCAGGUGGAAAACAGAAUUCAGGAGAUUGUGAUUUCUUUAUUGAAGUUCACUUGUAGCCUGAAUCAUGCUGCACCAUGGGACCCUACACAAACUGGGCAUUCUAAAGUUAAAAAACCAUCAAAAAAGGACAACUUAGAUAUGGAUGAUAGUUCACAAAUGGAAUCCCAGUUGAGCCCUACCAUCUCACACAUCCAAGCACUGUUGUCUGAGUCUCAGAAACCUGUCAGCCUGGCCAUAGGUGACAGCCUGUCAGCACUUGUCAGCACCAGCAUAGACCCCAGGCAGACAGCGACCUGCACGCUGAUGCUGUUGUACAGGCUCCUGUCUCUGGCCAUUGAGGUCUUCCUGCGCGAGAUCCUGGCCAGGGCUGGGAAGGAGAGCUAUCUGAACUUUGUGUCCGCCAGGGUCUACUCGUUGGCUCUUGCUAACAAAACCAGGCUCAAUACAUUACAGGCUCUGCUGUGCAGGGACGAGUCUGGUAAAUAG